CGUUAUGGCUCUUCAGGAGUUGCGCAGCGGUGAAAGUGGCCGAGCGGGGCGUCACUAUAUCAGGCGUGCAGAGCCGCGCGCGCCACACUCCUGCGCACAAGGCAGACUUACCAUAUCCCCACCCAACAUGCAGUCCUUCGUAGUGUGCCUGCUGGUGCUCGUGGUCUGCGCUGCGGCUGCGCCCCAGAGGGAAGGAGCUGCCUUCUCCAAUGAAGCCAUCAAGCAGGCACAGAACACAUUCCUCAUCCCUAAGGAUGCUGAGAUCCAGAAGGUAAUCUAACAGUUCCAACAUGCAGUCCUUCGUAGUGUGCCUGUUGGUGCUCGUGGCCUACGCUACGGCUGCGCCCCAGAGGGAAGGAGCUGCCUUCUCCAAUGAAGCCAUCAAGCAGGCA